CAUGCAUAAAAUCGGCCAUUUCGACCGAGCGGGCUGCUAAAACAGUUGUUGGGGGGAAAGCGCCGGUCAGAUUUACACAGCAUCUUCAGCGCUAUCUAAUAGCAUCGCACAAUGAGCGAGACCGCGAUUUCGUUCGCCAAGGAUUUCCUGGCUGGAGGAAUUGCCGCGGCGAUCUCCAAGACGGCUGUUGCUCCCAUCGAGAGGGUGAAGCUUCUCCUGCAGGUCCAGCAUGCCAGCAAGCAGAUCACAGUUGACAAGCAGUACAAAGGUAUUGUGGACUGUGUGGUCCGCAUCCCAAAGGAGCAGGGUUUCUUGUCCUUCUGGAGAGGUAACCUGGCCAAUGUGAUCAGGUACUUCCCCACCCAGGCCCUCAACUUUGCCUUCAAGGAUAAGUACAAGAAGGUCUUCCUUGAUGGCGUCAACAAACACACACAGUUCUGGAGGUAUUUUGCCGGCAACCUCGCGUCAGGAGGUGCUGCUGGAGCUACCUCCCUCUGCUUCGUUUACCCGCUCGACUUCGCCAGAACUCGGCUGGCCGCAGAUGUGGGGAAAGCCGGCAGCGAGAGGGAGUUUACCGGGCUCGGCAACUGCCUAGUGAAAGUCUUCAAGUCUGACGGCAUGAGGGGGCUCUACCAGGGCUUCAACGUGUCUGUACAGGGUAUAAUCAUCUACAGAGCAGCUUAUUUCGGUAUCUAUGACACUGCUAAAGGAAUGCUGCCUGACCCAAAGAAUACCCACAUCGUGGUGAGCUGGAUGAUCGCGCAGACCGUGACUGCCGUGGCUGGCCUUGCCUCCUAUCCCUUUGACACAGUCCGUCGUCGUAUGAUGAUGCAAUCUGGUCGCAGAGGAGCCGACAUCAUGUACACUGGCACCAUUGACUGCUGGAGGAAGAUUGCUCGGGAUGAGGGUAGUAAGGCCUUCUUCAAGGGUGCCUGGUCCAAUGUGCUCAGGGGCAUGGGUGGUGCCUUUGUGCUGGUCAUCUACGACGAACUGAAGAAAUACAUCUAAGCGUCAUACUCCCCCCCCCCCCUUUUUUUUAUUUUUAUUUUAGAUUUUUCCUCUUUUUUAAAUAUAACAUUCACAAUCAAAUAUUAAAAAAAGUAUUGUGGGGAGGUGAAGUGGUUAAACGUGUAACAUAGAUGAAUUUCUUGGACUUUUCUGCCUUGUACAUGUGGGUCCAAUUAGUGCACCACUAGCUAUUAAUUGAGAGAUGUUGUAUAUUUAAAAGGUUGUGCAUGUGUGCGAUUCUUAGUCUGAUUUCUCCACUUGUCACAGUCAUUCCAGUUAAAGUUAAAACCCAGAACACGUUCCACCUUUUCUCCAGUCAGUCUACUUUUAAUGACUUGAAUAAAUUACUGAAAAAAACUUA